AUGGGGAGACAAGGUAUGGCGGCGGCGGCGGGCGUCCUCGGCGUCAUCACGCCCAUGCUCGGAGUCGCCGGCACCGUUUUGAUGUCGCAGUCGUACAUGCCAUUACCCCACCCGUCCUGCUCGACAUCACCGGCGAUGGCGUGCGGCGCCGCAGCGACGGUGCUGGCCUUGACAACUCAGAUCCUCGCCAGUGCGGCCACCGGUUUCUGCGGGGCGUGGGAAUUCCCCAGCGAGUGCAAGCGCGUCGCCCGUCUCUUGUCUACCGCCUCGUGGUUCCUUGCGAUAAAAGCGGUGAUAUUAUUCAUGCUGGGCACCAUGGUAGCGCUCGGUCCCAGGGCCGGAAAAUUAAGGAUUAGUAUAGGCCACAACUGUGUCGCUGUAGGAGUUGGAGCCUUUGGGGCAGCAACAAUCUUCUUCCUCAUCGUCUUUGGCCUUCAGAUCACCUUAUGGAUUGUGACCAAAGCUUCUUGGACACCAUUGUUUUGGUUACACACAAACACAACAGAAAGUCCAAUUGGAGAGCAGGCAACUCCAUCAACUCAGCAUCGUUCUGCAAUAACAGAGAAAGGAAAAUCCAACAAAGGAAAAAAUUGGUCUAGUGAUGAGGACAAGGUUCUCAUAGCAGCAUGGGCAAAUACAAGUUUGGAUAUUGUUGGGACAGAUCAAAAUCGAGAUGCUUAUUGGGAUAGAAUUUCAGAGUACUACAACACACACAAGGAAUCAUCAUGGCCGGAGCGUAAUGCUAAUGCAAUCAAUUGCCGUUACACAACGAUUAACAGAGAGACCUCUAAAUUUUGUGGUUGCCUUCAGCAGAUUUUAAAUAGGCAAGAAAGUGGAAGGACUAUAGAAGAAAAGACAAACGAUGCACACAUUUUGUUCAAGGAAAUGGAUCUUAAAAAAAAGAAGCCUUUCACACUGAUGCAUUGCUAUGUAGAGUUUUCGAAGUAUCCAAAGUGGCAGACAAGAGAAGUUGAAACUUCUCUUAAGAAACAAAAGAAGACCAUUGAUGCAAGUCCGGGCACAGCCACCAAUGAUCCGGCUGAUGCAUCCUCGGUACGUACUGAUGCUACCUCGAUACACACUGAUGCUCUUGAACAUGAGAAAAGACCUGAUGGUGUGAAGAGGGACAAGAGAGGUAAAGCUGAUGACAGUGCUUGCAAGCUGUCAUUAGAAACUGUGUGGGCAGCAAAGCUAGAGAAGGAUGAGAUCAAAGAGGCGGCAAGAAAUGCUCGCUAUGCACAACAAUUGGAAUUGCGAAAAGAGGAGAUUGCACUCAAAAAGAAUGAGGAUGCACGAAACGAGAGGGAGGAUGCACGGAGACAGUUUGAAUUAGAUGAGAGGAUCAUGCUCAUCGACCCAAGUGGUAUGACUGAUGUUCAAAAGCAGUUCUACCAAGCUAAGCAGAAGGAGAUCCUUGCUCACGGCCUAGGGUAA